AAUUCCAAACCACCGCGCACUUAACUUGCUGUUUUUAUCUGACAAUCAAAGAUUCUUCUUCUUUGGCAUUUCCUCCAUUAGCAAAUCCUGCUCCAACUACAAUGAACCAGAAACUACUUUCUCUCUCUAAAACUUAGUGCGACAAACUCUACCAUUUCCCGACGAAUCCAAACCCUUGAAAUCUGAUUUUCUUUUCAAAAAUUUCAGCAACUUCGAUUUGCUCUGGUUGAAGAAAUCAAAGCAAUUUUGGUGUUUUCUGAGAUUAGAUGUUGGUUACUCCGAUCAGCUACUGAAUAUGAGAGGAUCGUCGCCUACUUCAGUAGAGCCGAGAUACAGGCUCUCCUUCAACAAUGAGGAUACAAGCAAAAGAAGGUCCUUAAGAAACAGAGUGCUGAAAGAAGGUCAGUAUGGUUCCAGCCUCGACAAACUAUUAAGCUGCAAAUUCCCUACUUUGAAGCUUGUGUUAGGGAUUAUAAUUAUCGGAGCAUUUUUCACACUCCUUCGAUCUCCAUCAAUUCACGAGACGGACCACAACUCCACCUUUUAUUCUAGAUCAAGCACCGUAGACAAAUGGAUAAAGGAUAGAUUUGGCAUAGAUCAAAGCUACACAUCCCUUUUAGACAUCAAAUGGGAGGACGUCUCUGCUGCAAUAGAGAAAUUAACCGACGUCAACGACUACAAAGGAAUUGGAUUACUAAAUUUCAACGAGCAAGAAAUUGAUCAGUGGCAGGAAUUAUUACCCGAUGCGGAACACGUUAUGCUUACCAUGGACUAUGCCUCGAACAACAUAACAUGGGAGACACUAUAUCCAGAAUGGCUAGACGAAGAAGAAGAGUUUGAAGUUCCCACUUGUCCAACUCUGCCCAAAGUUGACUUUUUGGGAAAACCGAGGCUUGACCUUAUUGCAGUGAAGCUUCCGUGCAAUAAAUCGAAGAACUGGUCAAGAGAUGUUGCUCGGUUCCACUUACAACUCGAAGCUGCAAGGCUUGCUUCAACAGCUAAAGGGUAUUAUCCAGUGCAUGUGCUUGUUAUUACAGACUGUUUUCCAACUCCGAAUUUAUUUACUUGCAAAGAGCUAAUUGUGAGGCAAGGCAAUGCGUGGCUGUAUAAACCCGAUUUAAAUAAAUUACGAGAUAAGGUUCAGCUCCCAGUUGGAUCUUGUGAACUCGCGGUUCCUCUCAAGACCAAAGAGAACUGGUCAUCAGGCAACGAAAGACGAGAGGCGUACGCAACAAUUCUCCACUCAGCACACGUAUAUGUGUGUGGAGCCAUCACAGCAGCACAGAGCAUACGCAUGGCAGGUUCGACUCGUGACCUCGUAAUACUCGUCGACGAUACCAUCUCCGACCACCACAGGGGCGGCCUCGUGGCAGCAGGCUGGAAGAUCCACACCAUCGAAAGAAUCCGAAACCCGAAAGCCGAAAAGGACGCGUACAACGAGUGGAACUACAGCAAGUUCCGUCUAUGGCAGUUAACCGAAUAUGACAAAAUCAUAUUCAUCGAUGCCGAUUUGUUGGUCCUAAGAAACAUCGACUUCCUCUUCGAAAUGCCGGAAAUUUCUGCCACAGGAAAUAACGCAACCCUAUUCAACUCGGGUGUGAUGGUUAUCGAACCUUCGAACUGCACUUUUCAACUUCUAAUGGACCAUAUAAACGAGAUUGAAUCAUAUAACGGUGGUGACCAAGGCUAUCUUAAUGAAGUGUUCACAAGGUGGCAUAGGAUUCCGAAGCAUAUGAAUUUCUUGAAGCAUUUUUGGGUGGGUGACGAAGAAGAGAAGAAGGAAAGAAAGACGAGUCUUUUUGGUGCCGAUCCGCCGGUCCUAUACGUUCUUCACUAUUUAGGGUUGAAGCCAUGGUUGUGUUUUAGGGACUAUGACUGUAACUGGAAUGUCGAUAUAUUGCAGGAGUUUGCGAGUGAUGUGGCGCAUAAGACUUGGUGGAAGGUGCAUGAUGCUAUGCCGGAGAAUCUGCAGAAGUACUGUUUGCUUAGGUCGAAGCAGAAGGCGGCACUUGAGUGGGACAGGCGGCAGGCGGAGAAAGGGAACUAUAGUGACGGACAUUGGAGGACUAAGAUACGGGACCCACGGUUGACUACUUGCUUCGAGGAGUUUUGCUUUUGGGAGAGUAUGUUGUGGCAUUGGGGCCAAUCGAAUUGGACAGAUAACGGUACUUCGACACAGCCACCACCAUCGACGCCAUUGAUCACUUCGCUCCCUUCUUCGUAAAUACUUAGUUUCUUGAUCCUUUUUUUUUCUUUUCCUAUAUGCACCUAUACAUUCUUUUUUUUCCCCCUUUUUUUGGGACAAGAUACUAUAAAAGUGAGAGUACAAGGUUUGGGGAUUUUGAAAUGGUUUUAAUUUAU